CGCGAUUAUUAGUACGCUGUCUGUAGUCACUCGCCGACUCGGGCUGUUCUGUAUUCCAUCAUCAUACGACAUUACAACUAAGUUACUUGUAGUGAACGCGUUUGUGUCUCAAGAAAGACGGGACACUACUUUGCUUCACGAACUCAGUUGACUAAGCGAAGGCUCAGUGCAUUCUGGCAGUGCAUUCUGGCGAGAAGAAAUCUGUCCCGCUUUCUGAGAUAGUUCUGCUGCAGUUGAUUUCUAGCCGUACUUCUUUCUGGGGUGCGCUCAUUUCCCCUUCUGCCUGAGCAACUUUAGGACAGCGUGAAAGGGAUUUGUUACCUUCCCAGAUUUGUGACUCACGCCUCGAGUCAAGAGUGAGGGACUGCCAUGGCCUCUCCAGGACUUUGCUUGGGUGUCCUGAUUGGCUGCUUGCUUCUCUUCAGUCCCCUGUUGCUGAUUGGCUGCAAUGGUCAACCUGUCACUCUGACUGCUGGUGGUAUAGGACAAUCAACAACAGCAUUCAUAGUGACAUUUGGUGAUGGACAACCUACAGCCAAUGUUACCGGUUACUUACCUGUAUGUGUUGCGGCCAGUGGAUCAGGAUCAUUCAUUCGACUAGAGAAGACUGAUGGUAGUCUAGUGUUGGCUGAGACGGGUGCCUUCACAGUGUUUGGAAGAGCACCUGUAAACAUCACAGUACAUCCUAUACUGAACACGUCAUACACUGGACUGUACCAUUGUAGAACAGCUACACACAUCUCUUCACAGACAUAUCAACUCAACAUUGUAGCUCAACGAAGUCAGUCAGGACCGCCUCCAUCACAGAAACUGAACUUCACUGAUGCUACUCACACCAUGCCAUGCAUGUCAAGUGGAAACUUUCCUCUCAACGCAUCUUGGAACUCAACAUUAUCCCUGGACUCACAGAUGAUACAGACAACUAUGCCUGCCACUAUGGUGAACUCAACGUUCAGCUUCCAGCAGAAUGAUUCCCAGAUUAUGUUCACAGAAAGUGAUACAUCAGGUGUUACGUUCAAUGUCACCUGUACAACAUUGUAUACUACAAGCUUUGAUUGUAUUGGAAAUGGUUCUACUCCUGCACGUCCACAAAGUGUAAUUGACAGAUGUGUGGGUGCAACUCGGAUAAUAUCCACAACUUCUUCUGUCACCAUCCAAGCACUAUGUCCAGAUCUCAAUGGCAGUUUCGACACACUACCAGGUUCCACAGAAUCCUUCGAGUGCGCACCAGGCUUUCUGUCUAACAAUAGUAUGGCAAUAACCCAGUCUACAUGCCAGGGCAAUGGAAUGUGGCAACCAAGGCAACCAUUGUGUGAACGUUGCUCUAUGAUCUGCAACAAUGCCAGUGUUACCAAUUGUUCCAACAUCAUUAUGUCCAACAUACGAGGCGUGAGUUGCCCAUGUAGCAGGACUGAUGAAAUCUGGAUCAGGUCUCCUCCGGGCUGUGUGCCCACCCAUUGCGCCGCUCGAAACCUAAACUUCACUGUCAGCAAUAUUCCAAGAAUGGAAGUGAAUAAGUCUAUGAUUAUAGCUUGCGCUGUUAACUACACUUCAACGGGAAAUGGGAGUAUCGUCACAUGUCUGCGAAACGGGACGCUGUCUAACCUACCAGUUUGCACAAAAGUCAAUCGUACGGAUCCAACGCCCAAGGAUAUGACAAAUAUGAAAAAUACGACAAAUAUAGAUUCGCCAAAUAUAACGUCGUCCAAUGAUACUUCUCCCACUGAUGAUCCUACAGACGGAAGCAUUGGAACUGGAGCUAUUGUUGGCAUUGCUGUUGGAGGAGCUGUACUUGCUAUCGUUCUAGUCGUUAUCAUCAUCUUGGUGAUCAAGAAGCAACCGAGUGGCCCCAUUCUCGACCCAGACACUGGCCUUAUUGAGAUCAACAAGAAGAACAGGGCGAGGGGUUUUAUACCGCCACACGAUCCCAACGUUCCUGCCACGGUCCCGAUGAAUCGUAUUCCCGCCCACCUGACCAGUGGAGGGGACUACGACGUCGUUCCACCCAAUGCAACCACUGCUCUGGGAGCACAGGGCACAAAUACCACUGGUCAGAUGGCAGCAAAUGGAGAGGCCGAGAAUGAGUACGACGUCGCCCUGCCACCAACAGCCGCCAAGCCUGGUGCGGACCCGGCCGGUGACACCUACGACACGUUCACGUUCAACACUGAACCGACUGGUGAGGGUCCCGACCCGAGCACGUACGACCACAUCGGCAAGGUCUUGCCGAACGCUGCCGUAGUCACUGCCCCUGCUUCGGCUUCACCUGCGGUGCCCAAACCGGAUGUGUACUCGACGGUCGAUUCAACCAACCUUGCACCGCAGGCCCCAGCACUGGCAACAACUCCUACACAGCCUCCUCCUGACGCGGCCCAGGGCACAGCCGCUGACGACCAACUGCCACCACCAAAUUUGGAGUCCCCGGCUACGGAUUCACCUGCACCUCCCAGAGACGUGUACUCAAUGGUAGAUCCAACAAAGAAAAAGCGCAACAAAUAGAGUGGAGACAUCCCAACGGCAUGCCUUGUAAGGCCACUUCUCACAACCCAGCAGUACUUGUACAUGGUAGGAGGGCAUGCCUUGUAAGGCCACUUCCCACAACCCAGCAGUACAUGUACAUGGUAGGCUAAGUCUGACGCUUUCCUUCCAUCCUUUUUCGACCUCACCUCCUUCCCUUUCUUUCCUCUGUAUUGUCAUCAUCGGUCUUCUUCAGCCGUCAGCAACCACUCCUGCUCUCUCAUUCUGUCUGUCUUUCCCUGUUUCUUUUUUUCUUUCUUCCUGUCCCUCUUCCCGUACCCCAGGGCCUCGGGCAAGCCUAUCUGAAACUAGGCCACAGUUCUUCUGGCUGACGUGCUCAGCUGCACCUGCCAUCACCAUCCCAUUGGCCCGGUUCUCCGUUUGCAUGUUGCCCUAUGUCUAUGACUAUCGGCCCGCAUGCACACACGAGCGCGCACGCACAGAUACAUGCACACGCACACACGCACACACAUACACACACACAUGCUCACAAUGCGUUCCACGCUACGCACACAUGCACACACACGCGCCAUCACAAUGCUUUCCACACUGCGCUUGCUGCAUGCCAUUCUCCCCUUUGUUAAUGUUGUUGUGCAUAUUUGAGCACUGCACUUUCCCAAGUCCCUUUGUCAUGUUCUUCGCCAGGGGCUGCUCGACCCGCACGAAGUUCGACAGACACCUGCAUGCCACUCUCCUACUUUUUGCCACAAAAAAAAUGCAAAAUCCUACAAAAAAAGUUUCGCUCUGCUCAUGUAUAACACAUCUGUAGUGCAUGUAUGGUCUGCAUGCCCACAUUAAAUACGCUCCAUCAAAAUCAGUCAUAGCUGUCACCCAUCCACUUGCAUGCUUCCCCUGGUCACCAACUGCUAGCAAACACACUGUUACAAUUCCCCAAGAAAAAAGAAAAACAAUAGGACAAGUUAGUGUUGCACGUUGCCGUAUUCUCUCCCUCCGCAUGUGAUUCCGUUUCCUUGUUUUUAUUUCUCUCGUUUUUUCUGUUUUUGGCUUUUCCACUUCCUCUGUACAUGUGGUUGCUUCAUCUUACGCAACCACUUGUAGCGGUAACUUAGUAGUGUCCCUUUCCUGGUGGCAAGCAGCCUUUGAGCUAGUUUAGCAACCUGCCAAACAAUGUAUGCCUCCCUUUUCUUUUUUAAAUUACUGUAUGGUAUGGUUUCUUACCGUGUUUUGCGGCCAAUUUUGAGCAGUCCCCAGUUUCGUUUCCUUUUCAGUUCGAGCCGUACUCCAUUUUCUCCCUUUUUUUAGUAGUUCAAGUUGUUUGUGUUACUCGGCACUUUGCCGUUUCUUGCGUGUUCAGGCUAGCUACGGAGCCGUGCAUUGUUUGCAAUCAACGUAAUCUCAUCAGAUCCUCAAAUAUAUCUCUGUGCAGUGCAGGUUUUUGGCCUGACCUUGCGCCAGAUUACAGUAUCUGUGAGGCAUCCACUUUGCGUCACAUUGCCGUUUAUCUCCUAUUUUUUUCACUCCACCAAUGGGCAAUGCCUCGACGGCCGUUUCUUCCGUAUUCUUCCUUUCUCUUCUUGUUUCUCGUUUUGAAAAAAACUCUGAAAAUUUUGGUCCUGCCA